AUGGUCACAAAAAUUUCCCUGGCGGGACCCCCAACAUUUUUUGGGGGAAGCGCGUUUCUCGUCUCCAAGCCCGAGCCAUCCGGACCCUUUCAACCUUAUUUCAGGACAAGACACCACUGCAUCCGGGAACAUCGCCAUCUCGGAAUACGCACGGCGAUCAGACACAUGGCUUCGCAAAUCGCCCAGCUCCUGGAGAAGGCUCUCCACUUCUGGAAUGCUGUCCCUCAGCCACUCCAGUACACCUUUGCUGCUCUCGGCGCUCUCUACGUUCUGAAGGGCGCUCUCAGCUUCGUCCGCCUCCUCUUGAACUCAUUCAUUCUCAGCGGUCCCAACCUUCGCAAGUAUGGCAAGAAGGGCACCUGGGCCGUCGUCACCGGUGCGUCUGAUGGUCUCGGCAAGGAGUUCGCCUCUCAGCUCGCCUCCAAGGGCUUCAACCUCGUCCUCGUCUCCCGCACCCAGUCUAAGCUCGAUGCUCUCGCCAAGGAGUUGCGUUUGAAGUGGUCCGGUCUCGAGACCAAGGUUCUCGCCAUGGAUUUCUCCCAGGACAACGAUGAGGACUACGAGCGCCUGGCCAAGCUGAUUGCUGGUCUUGAUGUCGGUAUCUUGAUCAACAACGUCGGCCAGUCUCACAGCAUCCCCGUAUCCUUCCUCGAUACCGAGAAGACCGAGCUCCAGAACAUUGUCACCAUCAACUGCCUCGGCACUCUCAAGACCACCAAGGUCGUUGCUCCCAUCCUCGCUGCUCGCAAGAAGGGUCUCAUUCUCACCAUGGGCUCCUUCGCCGGCACCAUGCCCACCCCCUACCUCGCCACCUACAGCGGCAGCAAGGCUUUCCUCCAGCACUGGAGCUCUUCUCUCGCCUCGGAGCUUGCCCCUCAUGGCGUUGAUGUUCAGUUUGUCAUCUCUUACCUCGUCACCACUGCCAUGAGCAAGGUUCGCCGUACCAGCCUCCUCAUCCCUGGCCCCAAGCAGUUUGUCAAGGCUGCCCUUGGCAAGAUUGGUCUCGACAGCAACGAGAACUUUCCCAACACCUAUACCCCCUGGUGGAGCCACAACGUGUUUAAGUGGAUCAUUGACAGCACUGUUGGCAACACCAGCGCUUUCACUAUCUGGCAGAACAGGAAGAUGCACGUUGACAUCCGCAACCGUGCCCUCCGGAAGGCUGCCCGUGAGGCCAAGAAGCAGUAAAGGGUUGCCUUGGGGAUAAUGUAAGAGUAAUGAAGGCAUGGAUGGGUUAGGAAAGGAAGAAAAAUAGGGUAGCAAUGGUAUUCAUGGAAAAAGCGUCCAUUUGGCGGGGUACAUGAUGAGCCGAUGCUUUAGUUUGUAGACUGUUGUAAUGACUCUGAUUGGUUCUCGAGUUUUUGGAUCUGCAUAGACAUGGUAUAACCAUUUAUUCUCUAUCUGUUUCUGUGAUAUUUGUGAAUGACAAUGGGUCAGUUGGUCUCCAGUUGCUGUUCUAAC